AUAACAGACUAGAAUAUUUAGAUGUAGUGAGCGAUUUUCUGGUAGGUUCAGUCGGGAACUACUGAACCGAUUUUCAUCAUUAUUUUAUUAUAGAAAAUCCAUGUCCCAUGCAUGGGAACUUCAACUACUGCAUCUCGUAAGAAGGCCCUGGCUGUACGUACUACCUGUAAAAGUAAAUAUGUAUAGGCUACAUUUUCGAUCAGUAGUAAUUUACAAAUCAUCCAACAUAUCACAGUAUGUCGAACUAAAUCGUCCGUAGUGAGGUUUGCUAAAAGGUUUUUGAGUGAACAUGCGAAGUCACUUCUUUUAAAAAUGAGAUUGACCACUUAAGACUAUUACGCUAUUAUAGUGUCAGUCCCAGCUUGGUACGGGGUACGGGUAAACGAAAUUUUGCAACUUCAAUAAUAUUGAAUAGUACAGGAUACAUUACAAUUGAGGAGCUCCUGAAAACAAUUGAAACUCAACAAUAAACAAAUAAUGGUAAAGUUUAUUUUAUUUCUACAAUAACCCACGUAUAAAGAUAGUUUGUAUUUGCCGAGGGAAACUAGUAGCAACACAAUUUCACGGUUUGCUCUCACAGAAGGCUUUCUUUACACCUUUGUUUAAAGUAAAUAUUGAACGCAAAAUACACUUGAGGAAACCGUUUGUUCUUUGAAAGCAAGGAACCCUAUUCUGUUAUUGAUUGCUACACGAGUUAUUAAAUCAUUCUUGUUUUUCGCAGUUAAACGCUUUUCGCUUAAACAAAAAAUAAUGUAUCCCAUACAACUUUCAAGAGUUCUUAUGUAAAAUAUUUCGUUUGACGUUAAAGGACUGUGUAAUUACAUAAUUAGAGAAUAUCUUAGUAAACGGUUAGUAAGAAAUGAUCCUGAAGAUAUUUAAUAAUUAAAUGUAUUCGUUGCGAAAUGGGCAGGUAAAGCGUAAUGAUGAUCAACAAAAUUGAGCCCAGUCGACGCAUGUAUGGGACCGAUACAAUUGGAUACAAUACAAUACAGAGUAUGCUGAUUUUUUGCUUGCAUAAAGGAGCUCGCCGGAGUUCGGGAGAUCUCGACAUUUUUGAAUGUCGGAAUUAGGAAUAUUUUUUGCAUGUGAAUAUUUUUUGGCUAAGAGUUGUUUUAGAUACUCUAUAAACGACUCCCUUAUGUUCAAUAUUACUUAAAAUUAAAUUUGUUAUUUUGAACACAGGUACCCAUUAUGUUUUUAUAAUGUCAACAGAAAAACUUUUAUUUUAUUUAAUAACAACAAACACAGCUGAUCUUUAAAUUCCUGCUUUAUCAUUAAGCAACAUCUUACAUUGCGGCCGUUUCUUGUUAUCAAGACAACAGACAUUAGAUUUCUCGCUUGAACUUCAACUGCCCAUGCCUCAUGGCAUCUCAAACAAAUUUUAAAUCAUACAAUAUCUUGACAGGCACCUAAAGCCCCAUUACCCGUAACUUGUUUCAAAAGAGCUUUUGUUUUUUUAAGUCCCGAAGGAAGAAGUCGGCGCUCGCGCCGUGCACUGGCGCCUUUCUUAAGUGAGCGAGGCAGCUAUACUUUAAAUUAUUGUACGAUGGAGCGAGACAAAGCAAUAGCAUUCCGCGUCAUAGACAGCAGGCCAAAUGAAUCCAGUUUGCUUGUUGUACGCUGGUUGGCUGGGUGUGUGCCGGGUUUUGUGAUUAUCUGACAGUGAUGUAAACAAUUAAAUUUGAUUUUUUUUUAUGUGAAUCAAUACGCUCUAUAACUUGAGUAUAUAUUAGAACAUGUGUUGAAGCUAAUUAUACCCAAGUACCAGUGGAUUGUGGUGGGAUUAAUAUUUGAAAAGGUUGCCAACAUGGCGGCACCGUUGCAUAUACAGCUGUUUUUGACGCUCCUCGUGCCAGCGAUAGCCCAACUCGAAAUGAAAUUCACAAAGUUUCCGGAGUCAGUUAUUGCUCCUCUCGGGGAUCGGGUAACGUUUGAGUGCGAAGUCAAUGUGCCUGGGGAGAGAUUUGUUUGGCGAUCGAAGCCUGAGAAUGAUGAUGAUCAAUGGACCGAUGUGGAGGAGGGAGACGGCCGGAAGAUCAUCUCUGUACUGCCAGGGAGGAGCACGAAACUGGAAGUAGAGGUCGUGAUGAAUAUGGAAGUCACGUGGUUCCAGUGCGUGGUUUGGUAUGGCGCUGUGAGUCUGACUUCAGUCCCCGCUCGUUUAACAGUGGCGAGGCUGAUCAACUCUCCCAGUAAGAUAACUGCGGAAGAGAGGGUGAUCACCGCACCUAUAUAUAACACUGUAAUCUUACAUUGCAAGGAACCGAGUUCAGAACCACCUGCUGUACUUACUUGGUGGAAAGAAGGGUCUAAGGGAAAAAGGAAGCAACUGGAAACUCCUCACGGUGUGUUAGUGAUACGUAAUGCGACGUUUGAUGAUAGUGGUACGUACAGCUGCAGAGCCACCAACGAGCUCAGUGGCGAGGCCCUGGAGGUAGCUCAGAAGACGCACUUGAACAUCCAGCAAGAGGGAAGCACUGAAGUCAGAUUCUUAGAAACGGAGGACUACGUGGGCGAGAUAGAUGAGGAAGGUGUCCUGACGAUGCCGGUCAAGCCUAACGGGGUCCUGCGGCUGUGGUGCGGCGCGGUCAGCACGCCGCCGCCGAAGAUCUCCUGGAGUUUGGAAGGGGAAGGAGUCCUGAAAGCAUAUGAGAACGAACAUAUGCUCAUCGUGUCACCAUUCACACCAGCUCGAGAGGGAGUUUACUCAUGCUCGGCCAACGGUAUGCGUCGGUCGUGGAAGGUGAUAGCACUACAACCUCCGCGGUGGGACGGCAACGUGUCGGUGUCGACCCCUAAUGAGGGCGGGAGAGCGCACAUCACUUGCGGCAACUCUUACGGACAACCGACGCCGAGGAUCUACUGGGUACUUAAUGCUGAAGUCCUGAAGAAUGAGAAAGGAAUCAAAGCUAAUAAUACGGAUCUUUACAUCGAGCACGUAGAGAAGCGUCACGCGGGCAUCGUGCAGUGCUUCGCGUGCAACUCGCUCGCCUGCGCGUACGGCGCCGGCAUGCUGACUGUCGUGCCCCUGCAGAUACCAGACCAGGAUUAUCCCGUUGAAGUUCCGAAAACCCGUUACUCCGUCCAAGCCCCUAAAAGGCACAAUAGAAAGAAUCCUAGAAAACAUAAAGCGGUAAUGAUACCGCCAUCUCGACCGAACGUCACUCGGCUGAAUGACGAGAGCGUGAUGGUCUCUUGGUCUCAUGACAACCAAGGACUACCAAUAAGGUUCUAUAAGGUACAAUUCAGAGAAGUGAGCAACUCGAGCAACGUGCAGUGGAACACCGCAAACCAGGACAUACCGGCGUACAUACAUUCCUACCAGAUCGACGGGCUUACUCCGGGGAAAUAUUACAAGUUCCGCAUAGCAGCAGUAUACUCUAACCAGGACAACAAGUUGGGCAAGAGUAGCGCUCGCUUCCACCUUCAGCGCGGCGGGUUCAAAGCUCCGCGCGCGCCCGUACUCUCCCGCGCCGUACCAACCACACCUACUACCAUACAACUGGACUGGGUUUGGUCCAGCGGCGGUGAGGUAGAAGCUGAAGGUUUCUAUGUGUACUACCGCGCGGUAUCAUCUGCCGGCGUGUACGAGAAAGUGACGACAUCUGGUGACACUCGGGAACUGCUAUUGACACAUCUCUCGCCUGACACCAGCUAUGAUAUCAAGCUUCAGGCUUAUACGGCUCAGGCGGCUUCGGAAUUUAGUGCUAUCAAGACGGCUAAGACACUCCGGCCGGUGUCGGUCCCGGGCAGCCCGAGCGCGGCGGGCGCGGGGCCGGGCGCGGCGCCGGGCGCGGAGCCGCCUGCGCGCGGGCCGCCGGGCGCGCUGGUGACGGCCGGCGGCGCGCUCGGCGUGGCCGCGCUGCUCGUGCUGCUGGCCGCCGCGCUGCUGCUGUGUCGCCGCGCCAGGAGACCCACCACCGACAAGGAGAAAGGAUCGGUUCCGGAAAAUGGUGGCGCCAACGGCUACCUCCCGGCUAAAGUGCCAAUCACUAUUACGGCCAACCCUAUGCAUUCUGAGGGCGGCGACGCAGGAGUGGAAAUGUCAUUUUUACACAAUAACAACACUGGCAACAACGAUGACACAUUACCUCAUUCAAGAAAGAAUGGACCAGCACCGCGUCAGUACGUGUGAAAAUAGUCUCUAUUCCUGAUUAAUAAGGUUCAAUAUUCAAACGAGUGAACUUAGUGAAUCUCCUACUGUUUUAGUAGAAUACGAAAUUUUGUAAAGGAGGAAUGUGAUAUCAUUUUUAUCGCCAUAUCGAAGUGUACGGACGUACGACAGUACAAAAUUAUAUUUAUAAUAUUUACAUAGUGUAAGUAUUUGUGAUUAUUUAGUUUCAAAUGUUAGAGCACUGAGGAAUCCAAUGUUAUGAUUAAAGCAAUAUUAAGACUACGACUUGUAAUUGAAUUUAUUUCAAUUACUGUUGUGCAUUUAAUUGUAAGACAAGUUUACGAUAAUUUUAUUUAUUAACGUGUUGAGAACUACUGUAGAUCUGAAGUUUAAUAUAAGUUCGUAUUAUUAUAGGUAUACAUAACGCUAACGUAUUGCGUCAGCCUGUUGCUUAUGCUAAGAAUCUCUCCAGUGUUGCCAGGAAAAAAAUAAGCAUUAAAAAGGCAAUGUACUUAAGAUUUGUUACGAAUUUUGUUACAAACAAAAUUAUAAAUUGAUUUCACUCAAUAUAUUAUGUUGCACUUUUUCAUUUAUUGUACAUUUUUGUUUAUUAAUCUAUAUUUUUAUUUUCUAAGGUUGUGACGGACGAACAGGCAUUUAUACAAUAAUGGUUACAAAUCUUCUAUUUAAUUUCAUUAUUAUUUGACAGAUACGAAAAUAAUUAUGACUGAAAAGAAAUAUUGAUCAAAUCGACUUAAAAAGUUGAACAAAUAGUCACCAUGUAGGUAAAACAAACCGAACAUUAUUUAAAACGUUUUCUUAAAAAAAAAUAGAUACGGUCAAUUUUUUUAGUUAUAAAUAGCUCUUUAUUAUAAUUGUAACACUUAUAUAAGAUAAUGACUUAGUAUUAUAACUUUAUAACGAAUAUUAUGUAAGAACGUGUAUGCCUUUAAAAAUAUUUAAACAAAGAAAUCUUUUGCAAUGCGAAACAAAAGAGAAUAGCUGAAAUAUGCCAAUGUUCUACGUUGAACUAUUGUUCCGUCUACCUUUUGAGGUUACUUUCUGCAAUGAAGCACACAUUUUCGCGUAGUUUUGAGUAACUGAGUUGUUGCUGUAUUUUUUUGUUUCGCAUUAAAAAAUGAAAACAAUGCAUUCGCUCAUUAUUGCUCGCAAAUAAGACUGAAAUGUUUUUUUAAGAGUUUACUUUUUAAGUAAACCACGAACUAUUGUGGAUUAAAGUUAAAUGUGUUAAAUUAAGACGUUAAUUCAAAAAAGGUUACGAAAAUUUUCAAAGGACUUGUGACUUAGAAGAAAUAAAAAUUAAUGACAACAGAAAGCUUUCUACAAGAAAAGGUAAAUUAACUUUUCUAAUAUGAUUUGUGUUUAAAUAGACGACUAAUUUUCAUUUCUGUUAAGUCCUGUUUGUCAGGAAUGGUCCUUGUACGUAAACAACGACAAUGUAAUGAUCUAUUUGUAAUUGUAAUGUUGACUUGAGGAGAUCAAGUGUUUGCUAAUUGUUGUAGACCACAGUAGGUAUGUAUAUAUCGGUAGAUAUAUAAAAAUGGGGGGCUUUUUUGUAUCAAAACUGAGAUUUUAAAAUCACGCAAUACGUCAUUUAACCGUCAGUAUCAGUAUUAAUCAUGGUACUUUAAUCAAUUAAGAAAAUAUAUUUAACAGGUAGGCAUGAACCAGUUUUUUUAAGACUUCGUUGUUGGUUGAAUAAUUACAAAUUCGUGUAUUUUCGUUGGCCACCCAAACAGUCUGGUUAUUUUCAGAUUAUAAGCUUUAAAGGUCAACAUGUAUUUUAAAAUGAAAUGCUUACACAGUUUACUGUGCGAAAGCCCUCGCGUAAGCUUUUCUAAAAAUGGACUUUUAAUAAGCGUUCAGACUCCUUAAAGGGCGUAACAUUAAAAAAAAAUUAUAACGGGAUAUUACGAAAGAAUUAAAAUUCUAUAGUGUUAAUUUGACUUUUGGUACAUUUGCCCGUCAAUAGAUAAAAAGGAAAUAGUUUGAACAAAAUAAACAAUUAACAUUAAACAUAUCAUAGGCAAUGAAUUAGAUCUAAUAUGAUAAAUGUAAGUUAGCUUAUUGGAGUAUGUAUCUACUUGUGGUCUCAAAAUGUCAAUUGCUUGUGUCUCCGAAAGUUCUUGCAAGGCUUUAUUUAAGCUUUUCGUUUACACCUAAAGGGUAUGUAAUUAGAAAUAGUUUAUUUCUUACAAAAUGGUUUGACCGUUGUAAUUGAAAAGAUAAUGAUGUAUUGGAAUCGGAAUUAAAUUAUCGUUUAAGCUCUUUGAUUUAGCAGAUAUAGCCAUUAAAGUAGAUAAUUAACAGCUUUGCUGUUCCAAUGAGUGUUACACUUAAAAUUGAUGUCUUCACAUAUUACCUUUCCAUUCAACAAAGUCUCAUGUAUUCUUAAAAAUUUCAUUCAACUUUUCAAAAAGAUUUUUCUCUAAGUCAUCAGCUUAAACGAUAAUUCUAUUUCUCUAAGCUUAUAAUAUUUAACAUCAACUAAAUUAACAUUAAAUACAAUUUUAUUGUAUCUAUGUAUCGAGACUUGAUGAAAUUGUCUCGCGUCGAGCAGGGACUUAAGCAUUCGCCCUAAAUAAUGCGCAGAAGUUCAUAAAUCUCUUGCAAGCCUAAUAAAAAAUACAAUUUAUCAACAUUAAAUUAGAUCGGGGUUUGCGGAUUUCGGCGCGUUUUAACUACGCCGACUAAUUGAUUUAUUAUUGUACUAUACAACAAUAUACGUGUAAUAAAUAUUAACAAUACAAUCCAUGAAAUUA